UCUCGGCACGGCACUCGUACGGGUCAGUCGCUUUGUUGCCUAUUGUCUGUUACCAAGUGCAGCGUCGAGCGAUAAGGAAAUAAUAGUGUGCCGGUAACCGGUUCUAUGUACCGGCCGGCCGGCGGGCUAGUGUUUGUUGUUUACGAGGUUUACGACUAAUUACAAAGUAAGAGAUGGGCGAUGGAAAUGCGAAAGAAAUGCCUUUACCGAUGUCACGAAACAAUUCUUUAGUUGAGGCGGAAAUGUUAGAACCAGAACAAUACCAAAAUAAUGAGUUAGGAGAAUUAGAGGUAAACGGGGAAGUAGAUACUUCUCGGCCACCGAAACGGAGUUAUGAUGAGAAUCAGUGGGAGAUAGUUGGCGAUAAGAAAGGAAAAAAAGUUAAGGCAUGUACCGAAACAAUAGAAAUAUUUAUAUCCUCUUCGGAAAAACUGCCAAAGCAGUUUGCACUUGCAAAAUUAUUUAAAGAAAAUAACAUCACGGAUAUUCAAAAGAUUAAAUAUUUGAACCCAUAUAAAAUACGUGUAGAAAUGUCAAGCGAAAUAAAUAUUGACAAACUGGAAAACUCCAAAGUAGCAAAAGAGAAGGCCUGGCGUAUUCAGAGACCGAUGGAGAAGUCUCUUUCCUACGGAGUUAUACGGGACGUAGACAUGGAGUUGACAGAUGAAGAAGUGUGCAAGAGUAUACAAUAUGAUAAACCAGCGGAACUGUUGUCGGCUUUCAGACUUAAGAAACGCGAUAGUAACUGCAAGGAAGGCUGGUCAUUGAGUGAAGUUGUACGCCUAUGCUUUAAAGGGACUUUUUUGCCGCCUUUCGUAUUUGUGGAUGGGUUAAGACUCAAAGUGGACCCGUAUAUAUUUCCCGUUUCGCAAUGUUCCCGGUGCUGGAAACUAGGUCAUUCGCAAAAAAGAUGUCCUUCUAGUAGAAUAAUAUGUCCGAAGUGUGGGAACAAUCACGCAAACUGCGAAACAACCGAAUUAAAAUGUGUUAAUUGCGAGGGCCCCCAUAUAUCACUCUCUCGGUCGUGCCCAGUUUAUUUAAAAGAAAAAAGACUUCGAGAGCUAAUGGCAGAGUAUAACUGUACCUACAGAAAAGCUUUAGAACUAUAUGUUACGCCCGAGUCGCCUGACAGAAAAGAAUGCUUCGAUUUUCCGAAGUACCAUUCUUUCCCGAAAUUAAAGUUUUCAGAAUGUACCGCCGAGUCCGCCCUACCCAGUCAACCAACUCAAGAAAAGUCCUUUGCCAAGAUAGUGGAAACAAAAGCUAUGAUACACCAAGAAAACGUAAGGCAAGAGCCCCAAACGCGUCCGACAAAAUCGAAAAAAGAAAGAUCUCGAGAAGAAAACAACGUGGACACUUUCUUGAACAACUUCUUGCUUAGCAGCGAACGGGAGGAAAAUCUUGAAAACGAUAAUAAACAAGAUCAAAAAGAAAAAAGUGUGGACUUUAGUGAGCUAGUGGACCGCUUGAAAGAAAUUAUAUUCUUAAAAGAAGUAUCGGUGCAGAUGAAAGUUCUUAAAGUGAUAAAGUGUUGCAUACAGUGGAUUAUAUUAUUGUGUGUAGAAAAACUGUCUUGCUGGCCGAUUUUAAAAAGUGUCAUGGAUUUAUUCAUAAAUGAUAAUGGGAAGUAA